AUGAGCCAGGAUGAAUUUUGGCCGAAGGAGGAGGGAAUUCAAGAAGGUUAGGAUGGUUAAAAGAAGAGAAAGAAUAAUAAAAGAGUAAUUACAAAUCCCAGUUAAUAAACAGGUCAUUGGAGUGAAUUGGAACAUUAAACAUAUAUCGAUUUUUUGAAUAUGCAUAGAUCUGUGAUGGAAUCACAAGACCAAAAGAAGACAAGCAAAAUAUUUAAAUUGAUGAGUGAGACCAUUGGUACUAGAAGUCCAUCGCAAUGCAGAUCUCAUCAUUAGAAGUUCAAUCCUUUUGUUCAUCAAAUCAAGAAGAGAUAAAAGAGGAAAAAGGAGAAAUAAAAUACAGAGAAAAUAACGAAGAAUGAUGAAAAUGCAUUCUUGUAAUCUUUGCAAAUUCAGCAUCAAUUAUUUUAGUAAUAACCUUUGGAAUAUUAAAUGUUAUAGAUUCCUUACUUCCCCUAUGUUCCUGUAUUUGAUAAUCCAUUGAAGGAGGAUGAAAAGUUUAAUGAGUAAUAGCAGUUGUAUUUUCAACAGUGCAUGCUCUUGCAAUAACAAUUACCUUAAUAAUUGGAUGACAAGAACAUUUGUUGUUUCAAUUUUAAUUUCAUGCCCCAACAGCAGAUGCAUUUAAAUUUUAAUUACUUCCAAUAAUAAUAAAUGUUCAACAAUGAUUUUCAAGCUUUAAAUUCAUGCGAUCUUAACAUCAAGGAAAACUAAUUCGAUGAGCAAUGAUAAUUAAUAAAUCUAUAUAGUGAUGUAAUAAUAUAAAUAAUU